AUGGCGACGAUUCUGCAAAGCCUCAGAUAUCGAGGGGUGGUACACUUCACUUCCCCGCGCAACUUCCUAAUCGGGAUGUUGACACAGAAAAGCACGCUAGUGACUUUCUCCUGCGCUUUCCCAGCGUCGCGACUUGCAAACUCCUUCGCCCUUCAACUCAAAACUCCAUUCAUCCUGCCCACUCUCAUCUUCUACCACAGCUUCGCUCUACCGCCCCCAGCCUCACAAAACUCCACGAGUUUUAUCCAAGUAUCUCCCGCCCUGCGUGUGCCUCCUUUCCACUCGCUCAGUCUGCUGACACUUCACCUCCGCAGACGAGCAAUAAUGGCUCCCUUCACCACGAACGGAUCAAAAUCAACAUACUCCCAGCUCUCGAUGCCUACCAGCCAACACGUCGCAUUCGCGGACAUUCUCUUCACCGGCUCUGACGAAGCGAUUGCCAAGCUCGGGAGCGCGAUUCGAGAUGAGGGGCUCCGACUGCCACAAGACUGUCAAGAUUCCUGGGAAAAUGCGCUUGCAGCCGCCAUUCAAUACCAGACAAGGAAGAGCACAUUCCCUGCAAUGCAAGACAUCAACGCACUCAUUGCGGAAGCGGAAACAAUGGCUGACGCGCCUUUCGCCGAGUUCGACAAUAUGAUCAUGGACGCUACAUCGACUGAGGGCUCCAUCAUACCUCCUGUCAGUGGAAACGGCUUCAACAUCGAAGAAGCCUUGAGCCUGCUUCGGAGUGUGUCCUGGGCAUACUUCGAGGGACGUGUGUACGAGAUUGGCAUCGUCACCCAGCAUGCAAACCUCGCUACACAUGAGGUGGAUCUCCUGCCUUCGUUUCCUGGAAGUGUUCCACCGGCAACUGACACGCUGUGGAUGACACGUCGUCUGGAGACCACUACAACUGGUGAAGUCAUUGAGUCGUGGGACACCCUCCUCCCAGCCGCCCCUCAGCAGCAAUUCCUCGCACCACCGCCGUUGCCAAUCGUUUCGACUGCAGCAGGUCAAGCAGGCCGCGUCGAUCAGAGCUCACCGAUUCUACUCCCCCGGAGCAACUCAGUGGAGCCUGUCUCCGAAGUAGAGUCCGAUCCUGAGGGUGAGCUGGACGCCACCAUGCUGCCCAACACUGAUCAGACCGGACAGCCAGUCAAGCUCGCCUUGUCUGAUCUCCUCAUCUAUCCAGAUCCCUCGGCUGGCGCUGGUCUGACCGACGAGGAGAUCCUCAGCGGCAAUAAUUUCCAUCCUGAUGCUCUCGUGGGUGAUCUGAUCUUGCGCCUAGCCUUGAGCUACAAGACAACGACUCUGAUGGACCGCAUCAACGAGCUUUACGUUACAGCCAAACUCCCGACUCGUGUCUACGGGUCAUACACGAAGCGAGUAACUAACGCAUUCCACGCUCGCAUGAAGAAGCUUGAUCUGCGCGGCGCGAACGGCGUUCCCCUUCGAUACAACACUCUACGAGCUCAGUUUGAUCGAUAUAAGAAUGAGCAGAGCAUCAGAAAGCGUCCGGGGAAUGAGUCCGAGUACAAGAACAAGGGUGUCAAGAAGGAGGAUUGGCAAGUCUCGAAGAAGGCCCGACGCUCUAGGAAGCGUCCGGCCGCGGGAACGACGGACGACGUGGAAGAUGGAGAGACCACGGGUCCUCCUUCGAAGCGCGGCCGGAAGUCGAAGAAGGCGAAGUUCAGUCCUGAGGAGGUCGAAAUGGAGUUGGAGGAUGGAAGUGACCGAGCAGGCACAUCCUGA